CAAUCGUGAUCUAGCAGUACCCAGCAUCGUACGUGCGUGCUCCCGUUCCUUGCUUUAACCAAGAUCACUCCCUCCGUUAUAUCGUAGUAAAACCCAUUUAAAUCUAAAUCCCUUUUUCUGUACCGCCCAACAAGAUGGCCAGGGCUCCACUGGCGAUCGCUGUUGUGACAGUACUUCUGAUCAGUCAGGCAGUGGCAGCCUCUCGUAUUAAUUGUCAACAAACAAACUGUGAAUUCCAUGUUCUACCCGAGUGUCAGGAUUCCAAGAGUGUCUACUGCAACCUGAAGGAUCGGCCAUACUCACAGAUCAACCUAACGUCUGCAUCAUUUCCGAAGCACGUCCGUGAGAUCACGAUUAGAAACGUCCAUGAGCUGGUAGUUGAAGCGGACGCCAUCGCAUCUCUGCCCUUCAUCGAGACCAUCAAACUACACAACAUCAGCACCUUGACACUUCACCCGCGCUCCCUUGCACGAGACGUCGCGCCUGAUUGGACAGAUGGGAGAGUUCACGAGGAAGAUGUCGAGGUGCAAGAGGGUAUGCUCUCAGAAAAGCGAAAUUCUCGAUCAGAGGUCCACAUCAGCAAUGUGGAACAUUGUCGCGUACUAGGCAUGGCCGUCACGUCGUCACGUCUUGGAUCUCUACACAUGCAGCAAGUAACAACCCUAGAAAUCGAGGAUGGCGCCUUCAGUGCCAGCACUGUUGACAACAUCAGGUUGGCAGAGGUGAAGUCCUUGACCAUCUCCAAAGGGGCAUUCACUUCCAACGUAACCAUUAAAACCCUGAUGAUGGAAGACGUGGACACUCUCACGCUGCAGUCGGGGGCUUUCGCACAAAGGGCGAAGAUUCGGAAAAUGUUUAUAAAGCGAACACCAAACCUGAUAGUUACCUCGGGUGGAAUCAAGGCGGACAUCGACAUGCUGACACUCGAACAUGCUGAAAUGGAAACUUGUGAGGAAAAUACAUUCGGCAGCAACAUCAAAUCACUGUCACUGGUUUUCUCACACAUCAAAUACGCCAAAGCCGAGUGUGUCGCGGCUGGUAAGAGGUCAAAGAAACUGCUCGUGGACACUUCACGGAUCGAUCACAUGGAGUGCCUGGCCAUACACGGAACCAUUGACCAAGUGGAAGCCACGGGCAGCGAUUUUGGCACUGUUGUAAGAGGAGGCUUUACAUUGAAUGUUACAAGGUUCUCCGUUCAAAAAAGCACAUUUGACGAAGUGUCUGGCGGGGCCCUCGAAGUGCAUGCUAGCGACGAAAUCAGUUUUGAGCAAUGCACCAUCAACGUUUUAAAAAGAGAAGCUCUCAGCAUGCUUGAGGUGAAAGAAAGCCUCAAGGCUCGAAUCAUACUAGAGAAUCUGAAGGUGGAAACGCCCGAAGACGGUUCGAUGCAGCUUACUUCCAGGGAAAACAUCCUGAUCCAGAAGCUAGAGGUCGGCAUUCCCUGCACAUGCGAUAUGAAGACGGCAAUAGGUUUGACCGACAUCGAGAAUGGUAAUGACGCUCGAGCCAAAAGACAAACUGCAUGGCCUUCUCAGAUUUGUUGCAAGAAUAACGGUACUUGGCCAACUUUGAAGGAGUACGAGCUGGCGUUCUGCUCGGAUCCAGUCACCACAACUAAGGCCCCCACAAUCAUGUCCACGACUGCAACCACAGAGCGUCCCCCCAUCGUCAACAGCGAUCGUGCCAACAGGCUGACGCAGAAGCUAGACAAAGAACCAGAGUCAGAUGAGCCCUACGUUGGCCUUUCCAAUGAGUGCAUCAUCAUGCUGGUUGUAACUUCCAUCCUCCUUGUACUCGGCGCCGUCCAGCUGCGUAUCACUAUCCCAUUCAUCCGGCAGCAUGGCACCAACUGGCGAUCGGCAAUGAAGAAGAUGGAAACCACCGACAGCGAGUCAGUUGGAUGGCGCGAAGUGGCACGAUACGAAGAGUGUCAAGAUCCGAUAUCCAUGCAACGCCUCCUUGGCGCCCAUGUACCGACUCGUGACGCUGGAACGAUGACAGAGCUCACGUUCUAUCAGACAUCAAGUCCGAGAGUCAGUCACGCCAGCACGGCAUCCGGCGAAUCAAACAGCAAUCAUCAGAGGGAUUCCGGAGUCCUCUCGGAUAACUACCUUCAGUUCAUGGGGACAUCUACGCCGAUCGGAGCAUCCGGAAAUCUCGCACAGCACCCUGGAGGGUACAUGGUGUUGCAGAGCCACAACACAGUGCCUCAGAGAGGACGAGUCGUCCGCGGCCGGACUCCGAACAGGCGCAGGUGGAAGAGCGCGGGAGAGAUCCGCUAUUCACUGGAAAGAGGGGGCCCGGUGCCUGGCUACCCCAUGAAUCGACAGAAAGACCCACGUGUUCAGCAGCUGGCGCGAGAUCCGCGCUGCAGGGCACUUCAGGCGGGUCAGUUGGAAUCGGAGCUUUAGGAACCCUAGAACGCCAGCCUUGCGGCCUUCGAUCAUCAGAAGCUAGCUUAGCAACUACCUGGGGACAGUACUUGGAAUGCUGAUUGUUUAGGAAGGAUUCUGAAGUCGACCCUUUUAUGUUUACUUCCUUUCUUAAAGCUUCAAGCAUUGAACAGUGACAUUAGAUCAGUGUCAUGAAUUGUGAUGCAAAAAAAGAUUAGCUCAGUACACGAUGAAAGUUGAAACGAUAUUUUGCUCUUGCACCUUACUGAUAGCACCAGCAUAGUUGCAGCUCUUCAAUACCUAUUUUCUGUAUUUAAUGAAUCGAGGUUUGUUGGUGACACCACGUCCAUGUCUACACAUCUCAAUUUGUCAGAUAUCCGAUUUGUUCUGGUUGACGGGAUGUAUUAGCUGACACGUGACUCAAUGACCAAACCCCAGAUAAAUUUAUAUUAGGUAUAUUUAUAAGAUAAGUUGUAUAUAUGUAUGGAUAUGAUAUGUAUUUUGCAAACUGAGCCGCUUGAAACAGUCGUGCACCUUUCAUCGAUUGUGUCCGCGACAUGUUGUUAUCAAGACCGAUAUAUCGUAGAGUGGCUGAUUGUACCGGCGCUAUCGCAUACCACAAGCACCAGAUAUUAGGCAUAUUAUGACGCAGCUUCUAGGGAUAAGCUGCAAAAUGCAAAGGUCCGGUUAGCUUUCUGCGUCACAGCAGUGUCAACAAUAUGAAUGUCAGCAUGUGCUUAUUAGAAAAUGUGUUCAGACUGUAUCGCCAUGCUACGUUCCUGUGUGAACUGGCUAUGAAAUAAACUGAUCCUAAGUGAU